UUUGAAAAGAGGACCCGACCCUAACCCGAACCGAACCUAGCGGUCCGGUUCUAAUUCGCGGUUCCUGGACCCAAUUGCCCUAGAAAGGAGUAUAAAAUUUUAGCCUCCAAAAUGAAUUUUUAGGCCAUAAUGAAUUUUACAAAUCCCUCUUCAAAUAUUCAAAAUCCUUUUCAAAAUCAUCCCAAUUUUAUUUCAAAUUUUGAAAAUCCAAACUCAAACCAAAAAAUUGUCUCAUACAAAACAUUCCUCCACCAAAAAAAAGUCUCAACCAAACCAACAACCCAGGAAUGUUCUUGUGUGCGGUUCCCGUUGAUUACUCCAUCGUUCUGAAGCCUUUUCAUUGCGAUUUUUGGAGCUUCCUCUUCGUAUCCUUAUUGCGCAACUCUUGGUGAACUUAUCUUGGGGUUUUUGGGGAUGGAUCGCGAUUAAUCGUAAGUCAACGCCUACGAUGCACUGUUCAUCAACGAGCGAGAACUUCGAUUUCAUCUCGAUUCGAAAUCAAUUGGAGGCCAUACUUUAGAUAUUUUUGACAACCUUGAGUGCACUUUCAAGGUUUGAAGUUGGACUUCUUUAUCCUUUAUCCUCGUUUGUUUGUGUUGUGUCGUUGGAUUUGUUUGUACUGUUCACUACGUGUUCUUGAAGUUGGAUUUCUUUAUCCUUUGUCCUCGUUUGUAUAUUUGUACAUUCGAGUUAGAUCUAUUUUGUUUGUAUUUUUAUAAACAAAGGAUAGAAAGGGAGACAUGAAUUUUCAAGAUUUUUUUAUACCCAGAAACAGAAAAUGUCAGAAAGAUUCAAGUAAUUUUUUCCCUCUUUGUUUUAGUGGUGUAUGUUGUUGAGCCUUUGUCGGGACUUUUGGGUGCUUCUGUGCCAGAAUUUUACGCCUACACCAGAAAUGGGACCCUUAUAUAUCGUGACAUCUACAUAUUGUAAAGGGGAUGUUCUUCCUGUGCUAGAUUGCUGCGAGAGAAACUGGAGUUUUUGGCUUCAAAUAAUGGAAACAAAUACUAUACAUGAAUAUAAUUCUCCAGUCAUACACGUUUCAUAUUUAAUCCCGUUGUUUAAUCCAUCAAUCACUGCGUCUUACAGAAUGAUAAACGAGAAAGAGUGGUAAAAGCAAGUCGGGAUAUUACUAUGAACAGCAAAAAGGUCAUAUUCAGGUUCACGGGUAACACAAAGUCUUUAUACUGCAAUCCUAUGAGUUUAUCCUAGAUAUAGGUUUUUAAGUUCAGAUACGUUGUUUUUCUCUUGAAAUAUACCUUAUGGAAUUCCUUUUUAAGAAAUCAGUGACAGGAACAUAUCUUUGUCAUUUAUCCUUUUGGCAUGAAUUCAUAGUGGCAACUUAAUUUAGCUGAUAGGUUGACACUAAACUUCAUGAAAGUUGUUGAGUGAGUGUAAACUUCACACUGCUCUACUCUUAUUUGCAGGAUGAGUCUGAACAACAAAGAUGAAGUUUUGGAGAAGGAAGACAAAGAUCUGGAUGUUGUGGCAGCAUAAUAUUGGUCUCGCCUGGUAACGAAGCUGCAGGGGACUGAUUUCUGGAAGCUAAGACAAGCAUAUUCUCCCGUUGCUCAAGAAUAUGUUGAAGCUGCCACACUUUGUCACUUCUGCAAGACUGGGACCCUUAUAGGCCUUGAUGAGCUGAAAGCCUACCUGAUUCCAUUGAGCGCUCCUUCACCAAAAUAGUUUUUUCCGGGCAAUGCUAAAUCCACUUCACUAUUUUCAGUGAACACUUGAGUAGAUUCAUCCACAUUUAUAUGAGGCAUUAAUGGAGGUGCAAUACAUGCUGAAAGAGGCAUAUAAAUUCCUGAUACCAAAUUGAAGAGCCUCUUGUUGCUGGAAGAGCAUGUUGUCGUUUGUUGUGAAAACCAACAAUCAAGAUGUCUGUUAUGGGGAAUUUCUCUCCUUCAUUGAACUUGUCCCUUCAAUAAUAAGUUCAACCAACUUCAUGGAAUGGCUAGAGAUUAUACGUUCUAGGUUGAUUCACAAUGAUCAUUUCAAGAGUUAUUGGGGUUCUGCUGGCAUGUGGGAGAUUCAAGUUCAAUCCACGAAGAUUCUCAAGAUUGGGUACCUCACUUCUUCCUCUGUAGCAGCAACAACCUAUAUCAUAGGAAUAUGAUGGAUUGAAGAUGCAGGCAUGUAGAAUAUGCAAAUUGUAAGGAAGAUGAUGUAAAUAUUAAAAUAUUAUAUGUUAAUAAUAUUUUAAAUGUAUG